AUGAAUCCAAUACCAACAACGUCAGAAAAUGUCGUUCGCCCAGCAAGAACUCGACCGAAAAUCACGCUCAAUAUACCUGAUAAUCCGUAUAGAGCGACAGAACCUUCGCCAUAUAUUCAACCUGCUCCGAUGACAGGAUUGUCAGGAUAUCCGGGAACAGCUUCUGUUGGUCCUAAUGGAUUUCAAUACGAUGCUUACAUGUAUCCUCAAAAAGCGGGUCAAUAUAUGUUCAAGCAAUUUGCGGGUUUUAAAGAUUUUACAAUGAAUACUGCCAAAUCUGGUUUGGGUUUCGGAGAAAAAUAUGCCUUUUGGAUGUACAAUAAAGUAUCGCAAUGGUCAAAAAGUACAUUCACACAUAUCUUUCUCACAAUCGUUGUGUUACUGUAUAGUUUGGCAGGUGCUGCAAUUUUUAAAGCAAUUGAAGGAGGAGCAGAAGAACAAGCGCGAACUGAUAUUAAAAACAACAGAUCUCUUUUACUUGAUGAAAUUUUGAACUAUACAACGCAUCCUGAUUCUCUUCAGUUGUUAAAAUUCGAUGUCCCAAAAUGGAAAGGAGAUAUCGAAAACAGAAUUUUGACGUACGAAAGAGCAUUGAUAGCUCAUUUACAAGAAGGAAAUUACGAUCAGGAUAAAGCUAAAUGGUCUUUUUGGAAUGCAAUGUUCUUCUGUGGUACUGUUUACACCACAAUAGCUCAAUUACUCUCUUUGCGGUAA